AUGACUAUGGAAAUGCAAUUCGGUAGCGAAUCUCGUUUCACUGAUCUUUACAAUGAACCUGUAGAUUACCUUUUGUCACCAAUAAAAGGUUAUCAAGAUAAACCACUUGUUUCACUUCCUGAAGCCAUUGAACCAGUUACUGAAUUUUUUAAUGAAAUUGAAGACAAUGUUUUUGUUGCAUUACAUAAUUGUCAAAAUCCAGCUGAUGGAUUAACUCAACAAGAAUCAGCUUCUAUUCAUCUUUAUACAAUGCAAUUUAGUGGCGGACCAAGCUUAUAUUUGUUACUUAAUCGAUCAUUACGUGCUGAGAAUCGUGAAGAAUUGAAGCCUUGGUUCUCAUAUCUGAAAUUAUUUCUUACUGCUCUAUAUAAACUUUCAUCACAAAGUGGAAUAGUAUGGCGCGGUAUUCGAGAUGUUGAUUUAAGUUCAAAAUACAAAAAGGGUACAAAAUUUGCUUGGUGGGGAGUAAAUUCUUGUACUGUUGAUAUUGAAGUACUUGAAUCGCAUCAUUUUUUGGGUAAACAUGGAAAACGUACUCUCUUUUCAAUUGAAUGUAUUAAUGGAAAAUCUGUUACAAAACAUUCAUAUUUCAAAAAUACCGAAAAAGAAGUUAUUCUUAUGCCAGGUUCAUAUUUCGAAGUCAUGGGUCAUUUAAAUCCUGCACCUGACCUUCAUAUUAUUCAAUUAAAAGAAAUGACGCCACCAAUUGCCCUUAUUAAACCACCAUUUUCAAAAUCGAACGAAUUGAACUUUCCUGCGGUCGCGCAUAAAUCAAGUAAAUGUUCUUCAUCGAUGCCAACGAUGAUGACACCAACGAAACCUGUCAACAAUGUUUCAAAUAAAAUGCCAUCAGUGACAUCAAACAGCGCUCGAUGGUCACAGAAUGCAGUGACCGUUGCUGGUGGCCACGGAAAAGGUGGUGCUACCAAUCAACUCUACUGGCCGUACGGCCUCUUCAUUGAUGAUGAUCAAACGGUGGUUAUUGCUGACUAUUACAAUCAUCGUAUCGUCAAAUGGAAGAUAGGUGAUACAAAAGGACAAGUCUUAGUUGGUGAUAAUGGUCAAGGAAAUCGGUUGGAUCAAUUAUAUUGCCCAAGAGAUGUGUUGAUGGACAAAGAGACGGAUAGCCUCAUUAUCUGUGAUAGUUUCAAUCAACGAGUCGUACGAUGGUCUCGUCGUGAUGGCACAAGUCACGGAGAAAUUCUCGUCGACAACGUCGAUUGUUGGGGAUUGGCCAUGGAUGACCAAAGAUAUCUCUACAUCUCUGACACGGAGAAACAUGAAGUAAGACGAUAUCAAAUAGGAGACAAGAAUGGAACUAUUGUAGCUGGUGGCUAUGGCGAAGGUGCUGGUCUCAAUCAACUCAACGGCCCGACCUACAUCUUUGUCGAUCGACAACAGGCUGUCUACGUGUCAGACAAUUACAAUCAUCGUGUGAUGAAGUGGAAUAAAGAUGCAAAAGAAGGAAUUGUCGUUGCUGGAGGUGAAGGAGUUGGAAAGGAUUUGACAAAAUUGUCGUAUCCGAACGGACUGUUCGUCGACAUGUUGGGUACCAUCUAUGUGACAGAUUGCAAUAAUGAUCGAGUGAUGCGUUGGCCUGAAGGAAAGAAACAAGGCACUAUCAUUGUGGGUGGAAAUGGUUAUGGAGAAGGAGCUAAUCAGUUAAAUGGUCCCACGGGUUUGUCGUUCGAUCAACAUGGCAAUCUCUAUAUCACUGAUCGUCUAAAUCAUCGUGUUCAACGUUUUUCAAUCGAAUAA